UCUUCAAUCCUCUGCAAGAAAUGCAUGGAUCAAGUCUUCCGCCGUAAGACUCCCAUCUUUUUAACCAUGAAGAUAACUGGUACAGCCUUUGUGCUCCUCAUCCAAACAUUGCAGUGUUUGGCUUCUGAUGAUUCACCAUUUCAACUAACUAACACAGCCACUGGUUUUUGUUUGGUUAAAACUAAUAACCACUGCACUGACAUUCGUUGGACAACUGGUGACCGACUUCUUGUUCAGCAAAGGAAGAAGUGCCUGGGAGUCCAGGGGGAAAGCGUGGGGAGUGAAAUAAGCCUCUACGAUUGUGAUGAAAACAGCGAACUCCAAAAGUGGGAAUGCAAGAAUAACACAGUGCUCGCCCUCAAAGGCCGAGAGCUUUACAUUGAGCUCACUGCAGAUAAUACAGCAGUUCUCUCCAAAACAAUUGGACCCAAUAACCACCUCACAAUCUCAGGGACAUCCAGCGGGGCUUGCACAAGAACAUACAGAGAACUUUAUGCCAUUGGUGGAAGUGCAGCUGGAAUGCCGUGCAUGUUUCCCUUCCUGUACCAUGACCAGUGGUACUCUGACUGCACUACGGCUGACUCCUCUGAAAAGGGUCUUUGGUGUGCAGUUGAAACUAAAUAUCAAAAUGAACGCUGGGGCUACUGCCCAGUUACUUCCAAAGAGGGCUGGAAAAUACACCCAACAACAGGAGCGUUUUACCAGCUCAACGCAAACUCCGCUCUGACCUGGUCCCAGGCUGACACCAGCUGCAAACAGCAGGGGGCCUCCCUGCUCAGUAUCACAAAUCCUCACGAGCAGGCUUAUGUCACAGCAUUACUAGGGACAGGGGGCAAUAAGCUUUGGACUGGGCUGAUUCUGGAUCCAGAACAUGGCUGGAAAUGGUCUUCCGGGAGGCCUUACCGCUAUCUGAAAUGGGACUCAGGACAUCCACUUCCUAAUCCGGGAUACAACUGUGCAAUUUUUGAUCCUGCUGUACAGUACUCCUGGCAAAGUUCACCUUGCAGCAAGAAACUUGGGUACAUCUGUUACAGUGAAGUGGCUGAGCAACAGCCUACGCAAGCUAUUGAGACAGGAUUUUGUUCAAGUCCUUGGACUUCCUACAAUGGUCAUUGCUUCCACCUCAGUCGCACUCAGAAAACAUGGUCUGAUGCCCAAAGACAGUGUCGUAAUGAUGGAGGAGACCUGGUCAGCAUCCGCAAUGUGGAGGACCAAAGCUUUGUCAUCUCUCAACUUGGAUAUGCAUCCGCUGAUGAGCUUUGGAUUGGACUGAAUGACAGGAAGACAGAGGGGUUGUUUGACUGGAUUGACCACACUACUGUCAGUUUCACUAGCUGGGAAUUUGGGAAACCUUCUGUCUCUACUGAAAUAAAGGACUGUGUUCUCAUCAGUGGAGAGAAUGGAAACUGGGCUGACCGUGUCUGUGAAGAGAAGCAUGGCUUCAUUUGUAUGAAGAUGAGUGCCUCAAAACCCACUGGAGAUGAAGUGGAGCAGGAUGUCGGCUGCAAACCUGGCUGGAGAAGACAUGGCUCAUACUGCUACUUUAUAAGCACACAGAUCAAAACUUUUGAUGAAGCUAAAGAUGACUGCAAAAGUUCAGGUUCUUACUUAGCUGAUGUUUCAAAUGGGGUGGAUAAUGCAUUCCUCGUCAGCUUGGUGGGGUUGAGACCAGAGAAAUACUUCUGGCUGGGCCUCUCAAACCAGAAAAACAUUGACGAAUUUGAGUGGACCAACACAGACUCAGUGAGAUUUACUCACUGGAAUGCUGAAAUGCCAGGUCACCAACAGGGCUGUGUUGCCAUGAAAACUGGGAUUUUUGCUGGCCUCUGGGAUGUGCUGCCCUGCAACAAUAAGGUGAAAUACAUCUGCAAACACCUGGCAGAGGGCGCGGUUUUGACCCCUCCACCACCCACUCGUGCCCCUACCGGGUGUGUUGACGGCUGGACUCCAAUAGGAUCAAGAAACUAUUGCUUCAAGUUGUUUAAAGAGUCCUCUUCAGAAGAGAGGACGUGGUAUGAGGCCAGAGAUUACUGCAAGGCCAUCGGAGGAGACCUGCUCAGCAUCCACAGCGAGGCUGAGCUACAACAGCUACCAGGACGCCAUGAAACAGUCUGGAUUGGACUUAGUGCCCCUGACCCAGUCACUGGUUAUGUAUGGAGUGAUGGAUCCCCAGUAAACUUUCAACACUGGGAGGAUGGAGAGCCAAACAAUAAAAACAACGUAGAGUCUUGCACUGAAUUCAAAGUGUAUAAGCGUAGUAGCAGUGGGUCUUGGAACGAUGUGCACUGUGAGACGAGCCAUAACUGGCUGUGCCAGAUCCGUGCAGGAGUGACUCCAAGUCCACCUCCAGAACUUUCUAAAGAUUAUAAUAAGACCUCAGACGGGUGGCUGGAAUGGAAUGGGAAUCAGUAUUAUAUUAACAGCAUGUCGAUGGCCAUGGAAGAAGCUCGUCACUACUGCCAACAGAAGCAUGGUGACUUGGUAACUAUCAACAGUGAAGCUGAAAGUGUCUUUCUGUGGAAACAGAUAUCCAAAAGUUAUAGGUCUUACUGGAUAGGCCUGACUGUAGAUCUUGAUAGUACAUUUGGGUGGAUGGAUGGUUCUCCAGUGGUGUUUCAAAGGUGGGAUGAAAAUCAACCUGACUUCCUAAACAAUGAUGAGAAUUGUGCUGUCAUGAAGGGCUCUAUGGGGUUCUGGCAUGAUUAUAAUUGUGGGUUUGAGCACAACUCCAUAUGUAAACGCAGUGGUUCACCACCUGUCAACACCACUGUAGCACCGACAGUUCCUCCAACAGGUGGUUGUCCACAAAACUGGAAAAAAUUAGGCUCAAAGUGUUACAACAUCAUUACCAGCCAGAAUGAGACAUGGGAGGGAGCGAGGACACAGUGCAAUGCAAUGGGAGGAAAUCUGGCCUCAAUUCUUUCAAGACAUGUGCAAGUGUUUUUGACAACUAAAAUGGCUAAGGAACCUACCAAAGACCUGUGGAUUGGUUUGCAUAAUAUAAAAGGUGGCCAAUUUUAUUGGACUGAUGGGCGACCAAUGAGAUACAACAAUUGGGGAUUUGAAAAUCAACAUCGUCUAAUUUAUCACAGGCCUUUUAUGCAUGAUUACGAUUUCUACAGUUUACGUCAUUUGGAGGUAAAACAUUAUUGAUAAUUUGCUUGUGAUGUGCAAUACCACUUCAUUUGUCUUGACUUGGAGCCAGAAUACAUUACACUUUUAUGACAAGCUGGGGUUACACCUCUGGUACACGUUUGUUCAGAAUUUCUGAUGAAUUCUAUGCAGCUGAAAAGAAAAUCUUAAAGAGGUGGUAUUAUGCUUUUUGG